AUGACCGUCAACCGCAGCGAGUACAGCGCCAAGGCCGGCGAACGCUACGAUGUCGUCAAGCCGAAGGAGUCGGACUUGUUGAGGGGAGACGGCCACUUCGAAGGCCAGACCCAGAAUCAGAAGGACUUCCAAGCAGGACGAGGCGAUCGCUAUGAUACAGUACGACCCGGUGCAUCAGACAUCUGGAACAAGGAAGGCGGCGUCGAGCAGAUGACCGUCAACCGCAGCGAGUACAGCGCCAAGGCCGGCGAACGCUACGAUGUCGUCAAGCCGAAGGAGUCGGACUUGUUGAGGGGAGACGGCCACUUCGAAGGCCAGACCCAGAAUCAGAAGGACUUCCAAGCAGGACGAGGCGAUCGCUAUGAUGCUGUGAAGCCUGGAGCAUCAGACAUCUGGAACAAGGAAGGCGGCGUCGAGCAGAUGACCGUCAACCGCAGCGAGUACAGCGCCAAGGCCGGCGAACGCUACGAUGUCGUCAAGCCGAAGGAGUCGGGCUUGUUGAGGGGAGACGGCCACUUCGAAGGCCAGACCCAGAAUCAGAAGGACUUCCAAGCAGGACGAGGCGAUCGCUAUGAUGCUGUGAAGCCUGGAGCAUCAGACAUCUGGAACAAGGAAGGCGGCGUCGAGCAGAUGACCGUCAACCGCAGCGAGUACAGCGCCAAGGCCGGCGAACGCUACGAUGUCGUCAAGCCGAAGGAGUCGGACUUGUUGAGGGGAGACGGCCACUUCGAAGGCCAGACCCAGAAUCAGAAGGACUUCCAAGCAGGACGAGGCGAUCGCUAUGAUGCUGUGAAGCCUGGAGCAUCAGACAUCUGGAACAAGGAAGGUGGCGUCGAGCAGAUGACCGUCAACCGCAGCGAGUACAGCGCCAAGGCCGGCGAACGCUACGAUGUCGUCAAGCCGAAAGAAUCCGACCUGCUUCGAGGUGAUGGUCACUUCGAGGGCCAGACCCAGAAUCAGAAGGACUUCCAAGCAGGACGAGGCGAUCGCUAUGAUACAGUACGACCCGGCGCAUCAGACAUCUGGAACAAGGAAGGCGGCGUCGAGCAGAUGACCGUCAACCGCAGCGAGUACAGCGCCAAGGCCGGCGAACGCUACGAUGUCGUCAAGCCGAAGGAGUCGGACUUGUUGAGGGGAGACGGCCACUUCGAAGGCCAGACGCAAAAUCAGAAGGACUUCCAAGCAGGACGAGGCGAUCGUUACGAUGCUGUGAAGCCUGGAGCAUCAGACAUCUGGAACAAGGAAGGCGGCGUCGAGCAGAUGACCGUCAACCGCAGCGAGUACAGCGCCAAGGCUGGCGAACGCUACGAUGUCGUCAAGCCGAAGGAGUCGGACUUGUUGAGGGGAGACGGCCACUUCGAAGGCCAGACCCAGAAUCAGAAGGACUUCCAAGCAGGACGAGGCGAUCGCUAUGAUGCUGUGAAGCCUGGAGCAUCAGACAUCUGGAACAAGGAAGGUGGCGUCGAGCAGAUGACCGUCAACCGCAGCGAGUACAGCGCCAAGGCCGGCGAACGCUACGAUGUCGUCAAGCCGAAGGAGUCGGACUUGUUGAGGGAGACGGCCACUUCGGAGGCCAGACCCAAAAUCAGAAGGACUUCCAAGCAGGACGAGGCGAUCGCUAUGAUGCUG